AUGGGACUCCUAUCCAGACGGACAGCCAUGCUCCUGCUGGCAGCGCUCCUGCUCUCUCUGGCCAGCGUCGCCCAAGGAUUUAAACCAAUGUUUUCAAAAGGUUCAACCACUCAUCGGGAAAUCACCAUUCGUGCAGUCCUCCAAAAGACGGCCGAGGUCUGCCGGGACAUGGCUGCCGCCGAGGGUCGAGACUUCAGCCUGACUAUCGACGACAGCCUUACGCCGGAAAGAGUGCAGGAGGCCUGUUUGCCAUCAGGAAAAGACUCCUCUAUUCUCUCCACCGUCAUGUUCCACACUUCUCUUCACACCAUGACCUUGAGCAACGCGUUAGUGGACCAGGUGUACAUACUCAGUGCAGUGCGCCACUUUGACGACGAGACCAUCCAGGGUGGACGCGCCAUCAUCACAACAGGUGUGGCUGCUGUGAAGCGAAGUGUGAAGCAAGAGGACUUCAUAGCAGGUCGCCGGACCCUUGGCGCUACCUGCCACACCCUCCAGGACUUCUACAGUCACAGCAACUGGGUGGAGCUGGGGAAGACCUCACCGUACAGCAAGCUGAUCCAACCUGACCAACCUCUGGACAAUCUGGCAGGUCCUGAUGUUCCCACCUGUAGAAACUGCGCAGGAGAUAGUUGUGAUGACAACAUUCUGCCGGAGCUGCUGAACCUGGGACUCAUCACGACUGGUUAUUUUAGCCUGUUCUCCUCAGUGAAACCUCCAGGGAAAUGCAGCCACGGUGGGUUUUUUGAUAGGACGAGCAGACGGGACCCGGUUGGGGGAAUAAACAAGGAUACAAUGGGGUCCAGCCACGGUUCACUUCACCCCAAGGCAGCCGAUCUGGCUGUGAAGGCAACCAUAGAACUUUUGGGGGACAUCAGAUUGGCCGUGGGCGACAAGGCUUUUCUCCAAUUGGUGGGCCUCUCCCAGUCCUCCGUGCUGUGUUUCGUCAUCGACACCACAGGCAGCAUGAGCGAUGACAUCGCCGAGGCAAAGAGAGUUUCUUUUGACAUCAUUGACAGGAAGAAGGGAACGUCCCAGGAGCCGUCUGCCUACAUACUGGUGCCUUUCAAUGACCCGGGUUUUGGACCUCUAGUGACGACAACUGAUGCAGAAAUCUUCAAAGCCAGCAUUAACAAACUGACUGCCAGUGGAGGAGGGGACAACCCCGAGAUGUGUUUGUCUGGAUUACAGCUGGCCCUGACGGCAGCGCCACCUUCCUCUGACAUUUUUGUCUUCACCGAUGCUCCUGCUAAAGACGCUGAUCUGAAAAGCACAAUCACUGCACUGAUCGAGAGCACCAAGUCUGUGGUGACGUUCAUGUUGACGAGCGUAUUUGCAAGACGACGGCGCAGGGACAGCCAGGGUGUGGCCCCACGUUCAAUUGGUCCAGCAGGCGUUGAGCUUUACCGUGACCUGGCCAGAGCCAGUGGUGGUCAAACCAUCGAGGGCUCUAAGUCUGACCUUGCAGCUGCAACAGCUGUGAUACAGGACUCGUCCGCCAGUGCAGUGGUGACAGUUUUUCAGGCAGUGAAGAAGCCUGGAAGUCCAGAUACUUUUACGUUUACUGUUGACGGGUCACUCCAGAACAUGACGGCCUACAUCACAGGAGCCUCAUCGCUGACUUUCAUCCUUACGAGUCCCUCAGGUGCAUCUCAGACGUCUAGUGAGACCAGUGGCCCACUGGCAUCAAUGACAACCGCAGGAAACCUCAGGCGUCUGAGCCUCAGCACCGGCAACCAAACAGGAUUAUGGGAAGUCAGCGUGAAUUCAAACGACCCCUACUCUGUUAAAGUGACAGGUCAGAGCUCAGUGAACUUCAUCUUUAACCUUGUGGAGGCCUUUGAAGGAGCUCAUGGGGACUUCAGUCUGAAGGAGGGACGACCUUUCGCAGGAGGGAAUAUCAGCCUCAUGAUCACAGUGACUGGAAGCGACUCGGUGAAGGUCACAGAGGUCACUCUUUUUGACAGCUCAGGGCCAACACAAGUUAAUGGAACACUGGAGUCUUUAGGUGGCGGCACCUUUCUAGCACGGUUCAACAAUGUCCCGGCAGGAGAGUAUGUGGUGCGUCUGAAUGGGGAAGAGAGCGGUUCCAUAUCCAGGGCAUCAGCGAGCAGCUUCCAGAGACAAGCCUCCACACAGAUGAAGACUUCCAGCAUCUCUGUCACCGCCGACGUGAGCAACACCAGCAUUGAACCAGGAUCCACCAUCUCCAUACCUUUCACGGUUGCCUCCAUGGCCAACGGAGUGGUCAAUGAGUCUGCGACAGGGACGUUCAAAGUACGAUCCAACAACGACCGCAGCUUCCCAUCUUCCUCACCCAGCUCUGUUACUGUCGAGGCUGGAAGUGGAGGGAAAGCCAAUGGCACCAUCACCGUAACGGUGCCCUCCAGUGCUGCAUCAGGCUCUGACCUGACUCUGACUAUUGAGGCAGAAAACGCAGAUGCUAGUGACAUCAACUACGCUGUGGUGCGGUUCUCCAUCACUGCCAAGGUGACGGACGUUGACCGGCCAGUGUGCCAGGUGGUCAGCAGAGCCAGCUGCCCCAGCCACUCGUGUUCCUCAUCACAGUGGGAAUUCAUCGCCAACAUCACUGAUGGCAUCAAUGGCACCGGCAUCGACAGCGUUCGACUCCGCCAAGGCAACGGGACACUCAACGUCAGCUCUGUCUCCGGCGCAGGAGGCGAGAACAUCACUGUGGCUUCCUAUAGCGCCUCCUGCUGUUUCCAGAGUGUGGAGUUGGUAGCUGUGGAUCGAGUGGGUAACGUGGGCUCUUGUGUGGGUCAAGCUCGAGCACUGACCACUGCUGCCCCCCCCACUACAGCUCCUGCCACUACAGUGAGCACCACUUCCUCCGCUCCCUCCUUCAGUACUACAUACUUCCUCUGGGGCAGCUUGCUGCUUUGUCUGCUCCUGAAAUGAAAAUCAGUUAAGGUUCUAUUGCAAUGAGAACAACACUGCGGAAGCAACACUGUUGUUUGAGCCAUGUUUGUACACCAAUUAUUUCAUUCAUCAAAUGGUAUUUUAUAUCCUACAGAGAUGUGUACACAAAUAUUUCUGAUAAAUUUGACUAAAUGAUUACGAUGUGAUGUGUUCAUGAUGUCAUCAAUUGAAUCCUGCUAUUGAAUCAUGCUUCGUCUUUGGCUUUUUGCCACAGCGAGUCAGCCUCCUACACCUUCACCUAUGGACUCUCACUCUUCAUGACCUUCUUCCUCUUCUUCUUUUUCCCUGUACUUCCAUUUCCAAACCUUCUGGCCUCCCUAACUUUGACUUCAAACUGUAAAACAACAAAAUAAGAAAAAAAUAAUCAGUACAGCGAAGCCAAAGUACAUUAAAUAAUAUCUGUUCAAAAUAAUAGUUUUCCAAAACCUAUCAUCCCACAAUCCUUUGCACAGUUUGCUUGUGGAUCGCCGUUAGAAAAAUGUGGUGUACUUGAAGUUCAUCUGAUAAAGCGUAGUAGUAUAAGUACAAAUAUACUUCAGCAUGCAAUUUUUUAUUUUCAAAUAGAGUAUGCCAUAAGUAAAGUUCAAGUAUACUGACACGGUUUCAGUUUCAGUGACCAUGAGCUGGUUCAUACGUUCAACGCUCAGUUCACUGAGCCUUUGUUUGCAGAGUUUGGAGUGGGAUCCUCAGUCAUCCUUUGUCAUCUUAAGACACAUGGCAAGCCAAACUGAAACCGUGGCACACAUUUAUUCAAUUUGACUGCUGUCGAAGAGAAAAAAAAUCACAUCUUUACACACAAAAAAAAGAAUUUGUCCUGUGUAGAAAUUGUAGAACUAAAUUAAACUAAAGCUAAACUGAUAUUUUAGCAGGGACAGGAUGAUGUGAAGAUCAAACUUUUUUUGCUCUGUAAAAUGCUAAAUGGAAGUGUGUGUUGUGAUCAUAAGGUAAUUCACGGGUUUAAGGAAGAAAUGACGCGGCGAGAAGUUGUUUCGUUUCCACAUGAGAUUGCAGCAAACUGUCCUGACGUAGGCAUUGUACAUGUAAAACAUUAGUGACGGAUGAUACAUCACUAUGACAUU